AAGCCAAACAACUUUGUCGCGACAAUGUCGGCUGCUGAAGAUCUGUUGAGGGAUUUCGAAGACUCCGAUGUCGAAGACCUGGAGGAAAAUGGAGCCGAAAAUGAAGGUCAAGAAAUGGAGAUCGUGCCCGAGACGACAGAGCAGGAAAGUGUUGCAGUAAAGAAUGAUUUCGAGGUUGCCAUGUCAGCAGCAGACGAACUGGCACGUCUACAUAAAUUCCUACGCGAUCACUACUCGGUACGAUUUCCGGAGCUUGAAACCCUGAUUACGAACCCGAUCAACUACGCAAAGACCGUUGCGAUCUUGGGAAAUGGACCGCUCGACAACAUCAAGCAGCUGUCUACAUCUUCCGACAACAUCGUUGGCGCUCCGCUCAAUACUGUUCUCGAUGGACCCUCGCUUAUGGUUGUUACGGUCGAAGGAACAUCCACUCGAGGUCGGGAGAUGUCAGAAGCGGAGCUUAAGCUUGUGCUCGAUACGUGCCAAAAUAUUCUUAAACUAGACCGCGAGCGAACUGCGCGCAUCGAGAGCGUCCAAUCUCGUAUGACGGAAAUCGCGCCAAAUCUUACGGCUCUUAUUGGUUCACAAACGGCUGCUCAGUUCCUAAAUCAAGCCGGUGGACUGCUUGAGCUUGCAAAAAUUCCAGCCUGUAACCUGGCCGCUCAGGGUUCUAAAAAGCAAGAAGGACUGGGUUUUGCAACGAAUGUUGGUAUUCGACAGCAAGGUUUUCUAUAUCAUUCGCCGAUAAUUCAGGACAUACCGAACGAUGUUAAACGCCAGGCAAUGCGGAUUGUGGCGGCCAAGAUGGUCUUGGCUGCCCGAGCUGAUGUUGCUCGUAGCAGUCCGGAUGGGUCUAUGGGCGAGGAGCUUAAGCAGCAAUGCUUCCAUCGAUUAGACAAGCUUACGGAGCCACCACCAAACAAAGGUCCCCGAGCUUUGCCUGCUCCGGAUGACAAACCGGCCAGAAAGCGAGGUGGUCGACGAGCACGCAAAGCAAAGGAAGCUGUGGCAAUGACAGAAAUACGUAAAGCACAAAAUAGAGUCGCGUUUGGAAGAGAGGAGCAGGAAGCUGGAUAUGGUACUGGUGAUGGUACGGUUGGAUUGGGUAUGCUUGGACAGGAGAAUGAUGGUCGGAUUCGUGCGGCACAGAUUGAUCAGCGUACGCGGGCUAGGCUUAGCAAAUCCAACAAGGGCUGGGGAGCAGCUACCCCUAUCAGUGGAAUUGCUUCAUCUCUUCGGGCACCUGGAAAUGCUACAGUGCUUCAAGCAAAGGGCCUACGUACGUCGGGUGUUGGCACCUCGAUCAACGCGGCUGGAACGGCAAGUUCCAUUGCGUUCACCCCGGUCCAAGGGUUGGAAUUGGUCGAUCCCAAAGUCCAGGCUGAACUCAAUCGCAAGCGCAAGGCAGAAGAAGAUCGAUGGUUCAAGAGUGGUACUUUCACUCAGGUCGGUUCUCAAAAUGGGCAAGGUGCCAAUGGUGGUUUCAAGGUUCCUGAUGUACCAGCCAGUAAAAAGGUUAAUACUGGAGAUGGCAACAUGGCACCUCCACCAGUGCCUCUAAGGAAGUGA